AUGCGUUUCUCUAGCAGUGCUGCCCUUGCCUUGCUCUUUGCUCCGGGCUAUGUUCUGGGUGCAGGAUUCUGUGAUAACUUCAAGCCAUGCUUGCCAACCAGAUUUGCCACUGAUAUGGGAACAUUUGAUUGCUUCGUUGAUGAUGGCCAGUACAAUUGCAAGACGGUCCCUGGAACCGUUCCUCCUCACUUGAAGCCUGGGGCAUCCAAGGGUGAGGACAAAGGCAACCAAAGGCGAAAGGGCUCGGGUAGCUCUCACCCUCGCUGCAAUGGCAAAAUGUGGAAGGGGCUUUGUCAAAAAGGCUGCCAUGAAUCUCUUCUAGAAAUUGAUGGGAUCGAAUACGAGCGACGUUGCUACCAGUCGAUGACGGGCGUAAAGCACAGGACGGUCUCUGGAUACUCGUCACCAGCACAAUGUCUGGAGAAUGAGUGCACGGGAGACGACAACUGCUUGGGUAUCGAAUGGGCUUACAAUGUGGCCAAUCCACCUUGCUGGGUUGCUACGAACGCGGGUCCGACGUCCAAUCCCGCAACCGUAGACUACAACACAUACCACGCCCUUGUCAAGAAGGGCGAGGUUGCUUAA